AUGGCAAUGGAGUCCAUGGUCACGGCGUUCGCCAAUGCUUUCAAGUCCAAGCGACUCGUCUUCCGCCAAAUGGAAGAUAAUGACACCGAUAGGACUUGGUUGUGGAAGAACCUCUGGAGCGACCCAGUCGGCCAGGGGUUGAGCAACUACAAUGUGUUCGUCCCCUCUUCCGAGAAGACCUGCAAGAAAGACUAUGAGAGCAUCAUCAACAACUCAUUGAUUGCCGUCUUCAUAUGCCUUCCGCCUGAGCCUGCGGCGGAGGGUGGCGACGACGACAAGAGCGACAAGAACGAGGAGGGUGAAAAGAAGAAGAAACAGGAGGAGAAGGAGGACGAGCCGAAGCCCAGACCCAUCGGGAUGCUGGUCUUGUCCAAGCCCAAGGCGGACACAUUCAAGAUGAGGACCGCCAUCGGCCUGCAGAUCGCGGCCGCGUACCAGAACAAGGGCUACGGGCGCGAGGCCGUCAACUGGGCCCUGGACUGGGCCUUUACCUUUGGCAACAUGCACCGCGUUGACAUCGGGACGCCGUCCUUCAACGAGCGCGCGCUCGCUCUGUAUGAGAGCAUCGGCUUCAAGCUCGAGGGCCGCACGCGCGAGGUCUUCUUCAUGAACCGCCGGUGGUGGGACGACCUGUGCCUGGGCAUGCUGGUGCACGAGUGGGAGGACCUGCGCGGGCUCAAGGUUGCCAAAUAG